AUGGUCCAUCUUGCCCGUGUCUCUCGAUCUCAGGACAAUGAUGUCGACCCGAAUCUCAAGGCCUUGAAGGACAAGCUUGGCGAGCUGAAGUUCGAUAUUGACGACGAGGAGGAUACCUAUGAUACCUCCGUAUACGGCUCCAAGUGGGCUGGCAAGGAUCUCCCAAAGACUGAAAUGCCUGAGAGGGAGAUGCCGCGCGAGGUCGCCUACCGUAUGAUCAAGGAUGACCUUAGCUUGGAUGGAACACCCACUCUAAACUUGGCCAGUUUUGUCACUACAUACAUGGAAGAAGAAGCCGAGAAGCUCAUGACGGAGGCCUUCCCGAAAAACUUCAUAGACUACGAAGAGUAUCCUGUUUCUGCCGACAUUCAGAACCGCUGCGUUUCCAUGAUCGCCAAGCUUUACAAUGUCCCUGACGAGCCAGGGUCUGCCCCUAUGGGCACGAGCACUGUUGGUAGCUCCGAAGCUAUCAUGUUGGCUGUCCUAGCCAUGAAGAAAGUCUGGGUGGCGAAGAGGAAGGCUGAGGGCAAGCCUUUCGACCGACCCAACCUCGUUAUGAACUCUGCCGUCCAGGUCUGCUGGGAGAAAGCCGCAAGAUACUUUGAUGUGGAGGAGAAGUACUCUUUCUGUACCGAAGACCGAUAUGUCAUCGAUCCUGUCGAGGCUGUUGACCUCGUUGACGAGAACACAAUUGGUAUUUGCACUAUUCUUGGUACAACGUACACGGGUGAAUACGAAGAUACCAAAGCUAUCAAUGAUCUUCUUAUUGAGAGAGGCAUGGAUACUCCAAUCCACGUAGACGCAGCCUCGGGAGGUUUCGUAGCGCCUUUCGUCAACCCCGAGUUCGAAUGGGACUUCCGUCUUGAGCGUGUCGUAUCAAUCAACGUGUCUGGUCACAAAUACGGUCUCGUCUACCCCGGCGUAGGCUGGGUCGUCUGGCGUGACCCCAAGUACCUGCCCAAGGAACUGGUCUUUAACAUCAAUUACCUUGGUGCCGAUCAAGCCUCCUUCACUCUGAACUUCUCCCGAGGCGCGUCCCAAAUCAUCGGCCAAUACUACCAAAUGAUCCGUCUCGGCAAGCACGGUUACCGCGCCAUCAUGUGCAAUCUUACUCGCACAGCUGAAUACCUCGCGACAGCCCUCGACCAUCUUGGAUUCAUCAUCAUGUCCGCUCGUCGUGGCGAGGGUCUCCCUCUCGUAGCUUUCCGUAUCGACCCAAAGAAGGGUAAGCUAUACGACGAAUUCGCCAUUGCUCACCAGCUGCGCGAGCGCGGCUGGGUAGUACCUGCAUACACCAUGGCACCGCACUCGGAGCAGCUCAAGCUUAUGCGUGUUGUCGUACGAGAGGAUUUCUCGAGGUCUCGCUGUGACAGCCUGAUCACCGACAUCAAGCUCGCAUGCCAGGUGCUGGACGAGCUAGAUUCCAAGAAGGUCCAGGAGCACCAAAACCACAUUGCGCGUACCACCAUCCGCGCGUGGCAGAAGUUUGGCAUCACCAGCAAGCCAAAUAACCACUACGCUGAUGAAGAGCACUCGCUACAAGGCAAGACCGGCAAGACACACGCGCCAUGCUAA